UCUUUUAGGUUUUUUUUAUUCUUAAUAUUAAUUACCUAUAGUAGGUACACUUGUAAAUAAACAUUAUUAACAAUGCACAUUGUCAACUAUUUACCUUAAUCGAAAUUCCCAAAUACACUCAUUAACGUUUUGCGCAAUGUUACCCAUGCAGCCAAUGAUUUGCUCCGGCACACUUAACCAGACAUUUAUCGAUCUGUCAACGUUCAAAAUCUAGAUCCUUUCGAAGCUUACAAAAGUGAGCGGACUUGCGUGCACCGGCGCAGUUGAGCAUUGAAGCUUUUCAAAGCCACAUCCUAUAAUUAGAUAUGUUUUAUAAAUUAUUUUUUGUGUCGGUUUUGUGCGUGGGAGUUAAUACCUUCCCCGAUGGCGCUCCGGUGGACACGUGUGUGAAGAACCGCGCCAAUCAGCCAAACCAUGGACAGCACAGAUCGCAACCGCUAUCCACACUCCCUUACAGGGUGUUUGCAUCUUCAGCUGUUUAUGGACCACAUUCUGCAGUUACAGUGACCAUCGAAGGAUCGGAACCGUUUAAAGGGUUCUUCAUACAAGCGCGGUCGAUUGAGACCGACGAAUGGCUCGGGUCAUGGGAGGAGGCUCCGAACACUACGAUACAUCCAGAAUGUUCUGCAAUCACCCACGCUGACCCCAGAGACAAGAAUAGAGCCACCCUGGUUUGGCGAGCGCCGCCUAAUACACAGGGCAGGGUGUAUUUCACGGGCACCGUCCUAAAGAACUACGGCACAUUUUGGGCGGACAUUAUAGCAGAGGCGCCUCAGGAUCCCGCGGACUUGCAAACGCUAGGUUGAAACCACACGCCGAAUUGAUAUUUAGGGUCUGGACAAUCGUUUUUGAUUCAAACUUACUUUUUUUAUAGAAAGCGUUUCAUCAAAGAGUUGUUUCGCCGUCGCUUUGAUAGAUUUAAGAGAUAUUAAUAGCCAGGACUGUCAUCAAUGGCUUCUGUUAAGAAAGCCAAGCUUAAAGCAAUAUUAAACAGACGAGACCACCUAGUUUAUAACACUAUUGGCUUUAUGACGGAUCUAAAUGAUAAAAUGCAAUAAAAAAAAUAGUACUGAGUAAUUGCCAUUCAUGGUUGAGUAUUAAUGUAUCAUGGACAUUGUAAGUAACGUUUAGGAUAAGAUUUAUGUUGUUACCUAGUUAUAAAAUCCUUAAUAUAACUUUGAAUUAAAAUAUGUUAAUGACACACAGAGCUUCAUUAUAAUAAUCCGAAAUAAUACAAAUAGUAAAAUAAAUAUGUUUUAU